AUGUGUCUGUGUUUGUGUGAGGGACAGGAGGGACGGGUGCCAGUGCCGUCUCUGAUCAGCGAGUUACGAGCAGAGAAGAUCGAGGAGAAGAGUGUGACGCUGGUGUGGAGGGAACCCAACGACCCCAACAGCAGCAGGACUGAGUACGAGGUCAAGUACUACGAGAAGGAGCAGAAGGACCAGAGUUACUCCACAGUGAAGUCCUCCUCCACUCGCAUCAGUGUGACGAAUCUCAAACCGGGGACAUCGUACGUCUUCAUGAUCCGGGCCUUCAGUUUACCCCCACCUGGUCUGGCUCCCCUGGUCUCCUCCUCCUCCUCCGCCUCCUCUUCAUCCACCUCUUCUGCUCCUCCUAUCGACUAUGGAGCGUACAGUGCCCCUCUGGAGCUGCAGACACUGGGAGAGUUGGCGUUGGCGUCCAGCGAGCAGAACCCUGUGGUCAUCAUCGUGGUCAUCUCCUCCGCUGCUCUCAUCGUCCUCCUGUCUAUGGGAGUGGGAAUACUGAUGUGGAGGAGACAGUGCGGCUACAGCAAGGCGUCUCAAGAGGGCGACGAGGAGCUGUACUUCCAGUUUAAGAUCCCGACUCGGAGGACGUACAUCGACCCAGAGACGUGUGAGGACCUGCUACAGGCGGUUCAUGCUUUCACCAAAGAACUGGACAACAACAGCAUCAAGAUCGAACGCAUCGUCCACACGGGUGACUUUGGGGAGGUGUGUCGUGGAUGUCUGAAGUUGCCCAGUAAACGUGAGCUUCCUGUGGCCAUAAAGACGCUCAGAGCCGGAUGCUCAGAGAAACAGCGUCGGUCUUUUCUGUGUGAAGCCGGGAUCCUCGGCCAGUUCGACCACUGCAACAUCAUCCGCCUGGAGGGCGUCAUCACCACCGGUAACACCAUGAUGAUCGUGGAGGAGAGCAUGUGUAACGGCUCUCUGGACUCCUUCCUCAGGAAACACGAGGGUCAGCUCAGUGCGGUGCAGCUCAUGGACACGAUGGCAGCUGUGGCUUCAGGGAUGAAGUAUCUGACAGAGAUGGGCUUCAUCCACAAGAGGCUCGCCGCUCAUAAGGUUCUGGUGAACUCUAAUCUCUGCUGCAAAGUGUCAGGGUUCAGACCUCUGCAGGAAGAAAAGAUGGAGGCCGUCUACACUACACUGCAUGGAGGUAAGAGUGUGGUGUUAUGGUCCGCUCCGGAGACGAUCCAGUUUCACCGUUUCUCCUCGGCCUCCGACGUCUGGAGCUUUGGGAUCGUGAUGUGGGAAGUGAUGUCAUACGGAGAGAGACCCUACUGGGACAUGGGCCAGGAGGACCUCCCCCGUCCUGACUCACCCCUGAGCUCCCCCAUCCUGACUCACCCCUCCUGUCCUGGGCUCCUUCACCUUGUCUUUGACACCCCACACUUUCUUUUUUCUCCACCUUGUCUGCUCCUUCUCAUCUCCUUCUCAUCUCCUUCUCUUCUCCUCCUCGUCUCCUCCUCGUCUCCUUCUCAUCCCCUUCUCUUCUCCUUCUCUUCUCAUCCUCGUCUCCUCCUCGUCUCCUUCUCGUCUCCUUCUGAUCUCCUUCUGAUCUCCUUCUCAUCUCCUUCUCUUCUCCUCCUCGUCUCCUCCUCGUCUCCUUCUCAUCCCCUUCUCUUCUCCUUCUCUUCUCAUCCUCGUCUCCUCCUCGUCUCCUUCUCGUCUCCUUCUGAUCUCCUUCUGAUCUCCUUCUCAUCUCCUUCUCUUCUCCUUCUCUUCUCCUUCUCUUCUCCUCCUCGUCUCCUCCUCGUCUCCUCCUCGUCUCCUUCUCAUCUCCUUCUCAUCUCCUUCUCUUCUCCUUCUCUUCUCCUCGUCUCCUCCUCGUCUCCUUCUCAUCUCCUUCUCAUCUCCUUUUCUUCUCCUUCUCUUCUCCUCCUCGUCUCCUCCUCGUCUCCUCCUCGUCUCCUUCUCAUCUCCUUCUCAUCUUCUCUUCUCCUUCUCUUCUCCUCCUCGUCUCCUUCUCUUCUCAUCUCCUUCUCAUCUCCCUCUCAUCUCCUUCCCCGUUUCCUUCUCGUCUCCUUCUCAUGUCCUUGGAGGAAAGUGCGCUCUGUCGAACAGGUGAUAAAGGCGAUAGAGGAUGGGUUUCGUCUUCCCGCUCCGGUCAACUGUCCUCCACACCUCCAUCAGCUGAUGUUGGAUUGUUGGCAGAAGGAGAGAACGGAGAGACCCAGCUUCAGCCAGAUCCACUCUGCUCUCAGCAAAAGUAUCCGCUCUCCAGAUGGUCUCGGCUCCUCCACACUGGCACGCAGGACCCUGAGCUCCUCCAUCUCCAUAGCAGAGCGUCAGAUGGCCUCCCUCCCUAACUUCAGCUCAGUGGGAGAGUGGCUGGAGGCUGUGGACAUGGGACGGUACAAGGACAACUUCACUGCUGCAGGAUACUGCUACCUGGAGUCUGUGGCCCGCAUGACGGUCCAAGACGUCAUGAGUCUUGGGAUCACGUCCCUGGAGCACCAGAAGCUGAUCCUGACGGCGAUCCAGACUCUGCGAGCGCAGGUGCUGCAGAUGCACGGCCGCGGCGUCCAGGUCUGA